CGAGGCAGGCACGCCGCGCGCUCUCGAUGAGCGUUCCGCUUCGCUCGCACCAUUCCGUGUUGCUGCACCGUUUCUGUCGAUUUCGUUGUACGCGCGUCCCUCGACACGCAUCGAAGAGCAUUAGGCAAACGUUGAAGCAGCCUGGAUCGCGCAUUUCUCACGUGUGGGAGUGCCCCUGCGUCGGAUAUAACGCGCGUGCCGUGUACGAGCUGUCAAACGGGAGUCGGGACCGGCGCGUUUUCGCGCGGAAUUGCACGCGGUCGAGAAAAAAGCCGUCACGUGCACAAGCGAAGUGGUGUGCCGGGGUGACUACCCCCGCGUCGCGGAUUUGCAUCGCGCGAAAUAUGAACGACGCGUGGGACAACUCGUAACGAGUGUUGUGCGGGCGUUCUCGCGUACAGUUGUAAAUAUAUACACGAGUACAAACGUCACGUGGCGGCCAGGAUGCUCUGGAGACUCGUGAUAUUGCUGUUCGUCAUCGCGCGGCCAGCCGAGAGUUACUUCAAUCUCUUCCUCAGCUUCGCGGAGGUUCACAGGCUACUGGGACUGGACGGAGAAUUAUUUUACGUCAGGGAAGGGACCGUAAAUGAGUAUGCUAUGAAAUUCGUCGUUCCAGUACCAGCGUUAAUUCAAAAGCUCCACUUCACAUGGGAAAAUCUCGCUGGUAGACCACUACCAUAUACGAUGUUCGUGGAUAUCAGCAAUCCUACAGCACUGAGUAGUUCCUUAAACAUUUCCCACAUUGGCGAGAUACCGGUUGGUGGUUUACAAACAUGGGCCUUAUCAUUGCACUGCGGACCCUACAAUAUAGAGGUCGACCUCAGUCUCCGAAUAAACGUCUCGGUAUCAAGAAAGAAUACGACCAGCUUGGAGUUCAAGCGAAAAAAAAUUUGUAUGAACUUGAAAGAGACUCCCACCGAGCCUGAAGAAGUUCUAGUCGCUGCCCCUGACUCCACUUCCGGCGGUCAGAUUUUCUAUGUGGCAAUUGGUUGUGCGUGUGCGUUCAUGGCGGCUAUUUUCGUUUUGAUUAUUAUCUAUUACGUACGUGAUAAGAAGACUAGGAGACAUCGAGAUCCUCUACAAGAAUCCAGAGGACUCAGUUCAGCGUGCAGUAUGGAAAGAGGCACUGGAGUGGGACCUGCGCAAACUUUUUUAUCACCAGAAACACCUCCACCUACCUCUGCUGCGUCAGGAUCAUCUUAUAGAAGACUAGAUGAUCGCCCUAACAGAGAACUUCAUGAAAGAAUUCAAGAAAUCACCGUACAAAGAUGCAGAGUACGUCUGAUUAGUAUUGAAUUGGAGGGAACGUUUGGGCGCGUGUAUAGAGGCAGUUACCAUGAAGAAGGUGCUUUAUCUCCGAAGGACGUACUAGUGAAAACUGCUGCCGAGCAUGCAUCCCAAUCGCAAGUUGCUCUUCUAUUGCGGGAAGGUUUAGCUUUGUAUGGACUCAGUCAUCCAGCAUUACUUCCGGUCCUCGGUGUUUCCAUUGAGGACAGAAGUGCGCCUUUUCUGCUGUACCCACACACGGGUUACAAAAAUAUGAAAAGAUUUCUGUUGAGAUGCAAGUUCAGUAACGAAGGGCCUCCAAGAGCUCUUACAACGCAGGAAGUCGUCGAAAUGGCACUUCAGGCUGCUAAAGGUGUACAAUAUCUUCACAGAAAGAGACUUGUUCAUAGAGACUUGGCUGCCAGAAAUUGCGUGGUGGACGAUGACUUGAGAGUGCAAAUCACGGAUAAUGCCUUGGCUAGAGAUUUGUUUCCACAGGAUUAUCACUGCCUCGGCGAUAACGAAAAUCGCCCUAUUAAAUGGCUAGCAAUAGAAAGUUUACUUAAUAAGACUUUUACUACAGCCUCUGAUGUGUGGGCAUUCGGCGUUUUUUUGUGGGAACUAACGACGUUGGCGCAACAGCCUUAUGGAGAAGUGGAUCCAUUUGAAAUGGCAUCCUACCUUCGAGAGGGAUACAGGUUGGCACAACCAAUAAAUUGUCCAGACGAGUUGUUCGCAGUGAUGGCAUAUUGCUGGGCGAUGUCAGCAGAAGAGAGGCCAACAUUCAGUCAAUUACUUAUUUGUUUACAAGAUUUUCACACGCAGUUAACACGAUAUGUUUAA